AUUACGGGUAGGGUCUCAGUGAUGAUUAUCAGUACAAAGCAACGAAUAGAAUUGUAAAAAAAUAAAGAUUUGAGACGGUGGUAUAAUGACAUCAAAUGGUAUCAGUCUUCUUGAGUAACCGCCAUAACAUUUCGAAAACAAAUUGUACGAACAUUUAAAAAUGUGCAUAUACAAAAACCUAAAGGAACAGUGUAUAAUCCUCUGCCUAAAAGAACGACAAGCAUCGACAACGCCUCACAAGAACGAUAUACUCCAGAUUUUCUUCUGUACAAGUGAAGACUUCAUUCAUAAUACGUGAAGGCCUAAAGCUGAGUUUGGGACAGAAAGUUACCGAUUGAAAAAUGUUAUAUGAAUAAGGAACUUUAUGGAUGUAAGCAUUAUGAACAGCCCAAGAAUGAAGAGCUCACGCCUUGUACUAUUUUUGGCUGGAGCAAGUGUCAUACUGAUGUUGAUGUAUAUCCACCUUGUUAGGGAGGUGUCAGAAUUACAAAGCAGUAUUCAGUCAUACCGUGCUUUUGGUUCUCUUGGACUAGGGGGAUCUCCGAAUGGAAAUAGUGUGCUGGACCCAAAUAGUCUAGUGAUUAUCUACAACCGUGUGCCAAAGACCGGCUCAACGUCUUUCAUUGGGCUGGCUUAUGACUUGUGCUCGAAAAACAAGUUCAAUGUUAUUCACAUGAACACAUCAAAGAAUGCUCCGACUUUAUCAUUAACAGAUCAGAUGCGGUUUGUAUACAACAUAUCAAACUGGGUAGAGAAAAAGCCGGGAAUUUAUCACGGCCACAUCGCGUACCUUGAUUUUAAUAGGUUUGGUGUGAGUAGACAGCCGCUGUACAUCAAUAUCAUCAGAAAGCCUUUGGAUCGCCUUGUCUCUUACUAUUACUUUGUUCGGUAUGGGGAUGAUCUGCGGCCAUAUCUCAUACGUAAAAGGAUGGGUGAUAAGAUGACCUUGGAUGAAUGUGUGGCUAAGGACCAUCCAGACUGUUCAAUGAACCACUUAUGGCUGCAAGUCCCCUUCUUCUGUGGUCACCAUUCAGAUUGCUGGGUUCCAGGUUCAGCUUGGGCUCUUGAGCAAGCAAAGCAUAACCUGGUCCACAAUUAUUUCCUUGUUGGAGUCACAGAAGAACUUAAAGAUUUUGUUGCCAUGCUGGAAUACUCACUCCCACAGAUGUUCAAAGGGGCACUUGAUUUGUAUAUCACAGGUUCCAAAUCGCAUUUAAGAAAAACAGUGAAAAAGGUCAUGCCCUCGGAAGAAACAAUUGCAAAACUGCAGAAUACAAAGGUCUGGCGACUAGAGAAUGACUUUUACAACUUUGCCCUUGAUCAUUUCCACUUCCUGAAAAAGAAGACCCUGUAUGAGGAGGAAGGCAGUGGUCGCCUGCUGGACAGAGGCCAGAAGUUUUCCUAUGAGAAAAUUAAACCCAAGAAGCCCAUAGGUUCUUGAGGUUAGAUCUGAGUGGUCUUACACGUGUCAUCCUCAUGUUGUAUGAAGUGUAUGACUCCAUUGUUGUUAGUGCCAAGUACCCUCACACACUUUGAAGUGCCUGUUCAGGAUAACCUGAUGCUUAGCUUUCCUUGAUCUUGUUGAGAAAAAAAUGGUAGUUUAUUGAUUACAUACAAGCCUGAUAUAAAGACCCUUCAAAAAAAUUCAGAUAGGACUUAUUGUUGUUCACAUAGUACUAUGUUUACCUGAAGAACAAUCCCUUGUGUGGUUGGAGCAUCAGUGACCAUUGCUAAUAUCUAUACAUCAGCUCAUCAUCUUCUUAACAGGUGAUAUAAAGAUGUUUUAUCUGUUAGAGAUAUCUCUGUUAUCACCCAUAGAUUUGACCCUACCUAGUCAUGUAACAGAUUUGUAAAGGGUGUGAAAGCCCCUUCAGUGCUCAUA